GGCAAUAUAAAAACUACAUACUCGUGUAUUCCGGCCAGAACUAUUUGUUAGUUUUGCUUGUCGACGAUGCCAGAAAAUAUUCAAGUUAUGACGGAAGUCGACAAUUCUAUCGAAAUAGGAAAGCUUUUAGCCAAUCCACCGGCCGGAGAGGAAGUUGUUAUAUCUGGUUUAUCUGGUAGUUAUCCCGAAUCGAAUAAUGUUUACGAGUUUCGGGACAAUUUAUUCAAUAAAGUCGACAUGGUGACUGGAGAUCAGAGAAGAUGGAAAGAGGGACAUCCAGAAAUUCCACAAAGAACGGGAAAGAUACCGGAUAUUGAUCAAUUCGAUGCUGGAUUUUUUGGUAUCAACCAUCUCCAGGCAAACCAAAUGGAUCCGAUGAGCAGAAUAUUCCUGGAAAAAGCUGUCGAAGCCAUUUUCGAUGCCGGCGUCCAUCCUUCGGAACUGGAAGGGACAAACACUGGAGUAUUUGUGGGAUCUUGUUUCAGUGAAACCGAAAAAACUUGGUUUACUGACAAACUUGUACCGCAUGGAUUUGCUGUAACUGGAUGUACUCGUUCAAUGUUAGCUCACCGUAUCAGCCAACAUCUGAAGCUCAAGGGGCCGUCGUUUAACUGCGACACAGCAUGCAGUAGCUCGUUGUAUGCUUUGGAAAAUGCUUAUAAGGCAUUGAGGAUGGGACAAUGCGACAGGGCAAUAGUUGGUGGAUCGAAUUUAUGUCUUCAUCCUUAUGUUUCUUUGCAAUUUGCAAGAUUGGGUGUGUUGAGCUUGGACGGAAAAUGCAAAUCAUUCGAUCAAUCUGGAAAUGGUUAUACUCGAUCUGAAGCAAUUUCGGCUGUAAUUCUCCAAAAAGCCAAAGAUGCAAAGCGUGUUUACGUUACUAUUCUUCAUGCGAAAACUAAUUGUGAUGGUUACAAGAAUUCUGGAAUUACCUAUCCGUCUGGUGAAAUGCAAAUUCGUCUCCUAAAAGAAUUUUACCGCGAAUGCGAUUACAUCAAUCCGUCGGAGCUGAGCUUUGUGGAAGCUCACGGUACAGGCACCAAAGUAGGAGAUCCAGAAGAAACGGGAGCCAUUGACGAAGUUUUCACCAAAAACCGAUCGCUCCCUCUUCUAAUUGGAUCUGUAAAAUCGAAUAUCGGCCAUUCAGAACCAACAUCCGGAUUGUGCUCUAUAACCAAAGCCAUUAUUGCAGCUGAAACAGGCUAUAUUCCGCCAAACUUGCACUACAAAACUGCCAGGCCUGGUAUUAAAGGCCUGGAAGAAGGAAGACUAAAAGUAGUCACUGAAAAAACUCGGUUUAAUAACAACAAGGGUCUUAUAGGUGUAAAUAGUUUCGGAUUCGGCGGUGGAAAUUGUCAUGUUCUCCUCAAACAUAAUACCAAAGAAAAAACUACCCACAAAGACAAUAUUCCAAGACUGGUAUGCGUCAGUGGAAGAAACCCAGAUGCCAUAAACUCAUUAUUAGAUGAUACUUGUGCAAAUAAUACUAUCGAUGUUGAACAUAUUAGGCUAUUGCAAGAAAUAUUUAGAAAAAACAUCAAAGGACAUGUAUACAGAGGCUACACAAUUGUAUCAAAAGCUGGUGAAAUUACAAGAUCUCUGGCUACAUAUAAAUAUUCAACAGCUAAUUUGAUAAUAUGUUUUGGCAUCAUUGAUGAACAAACAAGGCAAAAGUUCAAAGAAUUCCUAGGACUGCCUAUUGCAGCAACUGCACUCCAAAAAAUCCAAGACGCACUUAAUCCAAAAAAAAUUAAUAUCCAUAACAGCCUCAGCUCAAACUCAAUUCUAGACAAAAUUCUAGGGAACUUCGUCAUUCAGAUAAUUUUCGCUGACUUGCUUAAAGCUUGCCACAUCAAACCAAAUAAAACAUUCGGAGUGUCCAAGGGUUUAUCUUUAGGAGCUUUAGUAUGCGCUUAUUUCGAUGGUGCGCUGACUUUACAAGAAGCCACCGAGUGUGCUUUCAUUGUGGCCGACAUUGCUCAAUCUUUAGGUUUUAAAGGUCAAAGCGACACGAUUGAUUUGUCUGAAGUCUUGAAGAGUAAUGAAAAAGCUGCUAAUGACCUACAGCAAAAGAUAACUAAAGUGUUGAAAACUACAGUGAGGAAUAACGGACUAGUUGAUGUAUCAGCGGCUAACCUAAUAAAUGGCUUGAACGUAAAUCUUUUGAAAAAUGUGAAAAAUAUGUUGGAAAACAAAGCUGCAUUAUUGGAGAUUGGAAAUGGCACCAUUACAGAAGUAUUAAAAGGCAACAAUGAAACAAAAUCGUUUAUAAAAUGCAAUGGCGGAAUUAGUGAUGUUUUAGCUGCUAUAGGAAGUUUGUACGAGCUUGGACUCAAUCCCCAGAUCCAAAACAUUUUCCCUAGAAUCGAAUUUCCAGUGAGCAGAGGCACCCCAAUGAUUUCGCCUAAAAUCAAGUGGAACCACACACGUAAUUGGUGGGUAACUAGCUACGAUAAAGAAUUGAUCGGUUUGGAAGAACAAGCCACUACUAUAUCGAGUGCCAAUCCGGCGUAUUUGUUUAUGAAAGGACACGUGAUUGAUGGGAGAAAUCUAAUACCGGCCACUGGUUAUUUGUUGAUGGCCUGGAACACAUUGGCUCAGGUCCACGGUCUGAUGUUCGCGGACAUGAAAGUGGUCUUUGAAAAUUGCAAAUUUAAACGAGCCACUCCAUUGCCUAAAAAGGACUCCAGAAUGGAACUAAUUGUAAUGAUUCAAAGGGGUUCUGGCAAUUUUGAAGUUAUUGAAGGGGAUGAGCCCGUCGUUACUGGAAGAAUUUAUCAUGUAUCCACCGACGAACCAAUUUUGGACGACUUACCAAUGCCUUGCGGCGUAAAUCCCGAAAUUGCACCUUACAUGAAUAAAAAAGACGUAUACAAAGAACUAAGAUUGAGAGGUUACAAUUACAGCGGGCAAUUUAAGCAAAUUGUUUCUUGCGAUUCCAGCGCCCAAGUUGGAAGUAUCGCUUGGGAUGGAAACUGGACAACUUUCAUAGAUAAUAUGCUUCAAUUGAACAUACUCCAAGAGGAUUCUAGGUUGCUUUAUGUUCCUACUCACAUUAACAAGCUGAUUAUUGAUGCUAAUAAACAUGUUAAUUAUGCCAGUAGUUUAGGAGAAGAACCAAUCCCUGUGCAUUCUUGUAAAGUUACUGGAAUAACUAGAUCAGGUGGUAUAGAAUUGAGAGGACAAAGCGCUAGUUCAAUUGCAAGAAGAAAAUACCAAGGAAUUCCUGUUUUGGAAAAAUACGUAUUUGUCCCUAACAUAGCUCCUUUGCCAGUAAAGGAGGCGCUCAGAGUAAACAUGCAAAUUUUACUUGAAAAUUUACCAAGCCUGAAUAUAAAAGUUGUUGAACUUAUCGAUGAAGCUACAAACGAACAACUAGAACCUUUAGUUUCAAUUAUUGAUGAUGUUCUGGGCGAUAUUCCCCUUAUACAACCAAAUCUCACCAUUUUAAGCAAAAAAGAAUACGAUAUCAAAAAAGUGAAAAUUGAAAACAAACAAUUGGUUACUGAAACUGAUUGUAGUUUGGUAAUUGGAUCGAAACUUCUAGAAAGAAACACCGUUCUCAAAUCAGCUUUUGGUUCAAUCAAAGAAAAUGGCUUUAUACUUUCACGGGAGCCUUUAAAUGUUGAAAUUAAUCCUAAUAAUAAUAAAGAAAUAAGCAUCGUUACAAUUUACAGCAAUGACAAAGAAAAACUUGUUCUUUUAAGGAAUAUCUCUAAGUUCAGUAUUUCUUCAAUGAUUCAAGUGUCGCAACAAGACACCGAAUUCAGUUGGAUUCAAAAACUACAAAAUGCAAUGACUAAAAAUGGAAACAUAUUAGUAUUAUCACAAGGAGAACCAUUAAAUGGAGUAUUGGGCUUAGUUUCGUGCUUGAGAAGAGAACCUGGCGGCGGAAUUGUCAAGCUACUCUUUACACAAUCAUCUGCGCCAGAUUUUGAUUUGAACUCACCAUUUUACAAGAAUCAGUUGGAUAAAAAUUUGGCUUUCAACGUUUAUAAGGACGGACAAUGGGGCACCUACAGGCAUUUGCUGUUGAACAAAAUCAAUCAAAUAAAUGCCGAGCAAUGCUACUUGAAUUCGUUGCGCAGGGGUGAUUUAUCGUCUCUAACGUGGAUCGAAGGACCAUUGAAAAUAAAUUCGAAACUCGAUCCCGAACAAAAAUUAGUUUAUGUCCACUACGGAGCGAUAAACUUCAGAGACAUAAUGCUGGCUUCUGGAAAAUUAAAUGCUGACGCCGUCACUAGAAACAGGCUCGAUCAAGAGUGCGUGCUGGGCUUCGAAAUUGCUGGAGUACUUGAAAGUGGUGAAAGAGUUAUCGGAAUGGGGUCUUUGCUCGGUUCUAUAGUAAGUGCCGAUGAAGUUUUGCUUUGGAAAGUGCCAGAUAACUGGAGUUUAGAGGAAGCUAUUACGGUUCCUGUUGUUUACUGUACCAGCAUUGUCGGAUUGAUAACUAAAGCUAAAAUAAAAAAAGGCGAAUCGGUUCUUAUUCAUUCUGGAACUGGAGGUGUUGGAUUGUCAGCUAUUCAAAUUGCGUUGUAUUUGGGCUGUGUGGUUUAUACUACUGUAGGUACUUUGGAAAAAAGAGAAUUUUUGAAACGCAGAUUUCCUCAAUUAAAAGAUUGUCACAUAUCGAAUUCAAGGACCACAGAAUUCGAACAGCACAUUAUGAAAGAAACCGGCGGUAAAGGUGUGGACGUUGUUUUAAAUUCUCUUGCAGAUGAUAAAUUACAAGCAUCUGUGAGAUGUUUGGCGCACGGCGGCAGAUUCAUUGAAAUCGGAAAGUUCGAUCUUGCAAAUAAUAAUUCUUUGAGUAUGUUGUUUUUGGAAAAAGAAGCCAGCUUCCACGGGGUUAUGGUUGAUGGUAUGAUGAAAGAAAGUUGCGAAUCCAGAAUGCAACUUUACAAGUCUUUCCAAAAACUUCUAAAUGCCGGAGCUAUUCGUCCCUUGCCUAGAACUGUUUUCAAAAUGAACGAAGCCGAAGCUGCUUUCAGAUAUAUGACUACUGGCAAGCAUAUUGGAAAGGUUGUGUUGCAAUUGAGGGAAGAAAAUAAGGGUGGUGCUUUACAAAAGGAAUUUUUAUGUCAACCAAGGUACUAUUGUGAUCCAGAAAAAUCGUAUAUAAUCUGUGGAGGUCUUGGUGGAUUUGGAUUAGAACUAGCCGAUUGGUUAGUACUAAGAGGCUGUAGAAAUUUGGUACUCACAUCGAGAUCAGGAGUAAAAACCGGUUAUCAAGCCUAUAGAAUUUCUAUAUGGAAAUCGUAUGGCUGCACCAUAACCAUAUCAACAGAAGACAUAACAACCUAUGAAGGAUGCGUUAGCUUAAUCAAAAAAUCCAACGAAUUGGGUCCAGUACAUGGUAUUUUCAAUUUAGCAGUCGUCCUAAGAGAUGGCAUCUUCGAUAAUCAGACGCAGGAAUCGUUUGAGACAUCUUUUGGCCCCAAAGCGCACGCUACGGCACAUUUAGAUGCAAUUACCAGAGAAUUGUGUCCAGAAUUGAAAGAUUUUGUUAUAUUUUCUUCAGUAUCUUGUGGCAGAGGAAACGCAGGACAGUCCAACUAUGGUAUGUCGAACUCUGUGAUGGAACGAAUAUGCGAAAAACGAAAAAUUGAUGGUCUUCCAGCUUUGGCUAUUGAAUGGGGAGCUAUUGGUGAUGUUGGGUUAGUAGCUGACAUGCAAGAAGAAGCAAUUGAUAUGGAAAUUGGUGGUACCCUCCAACAAAGAAUAUCAAACUGUUUAGAAGUAAUGGAUCAACUUUUAAAGCAAACCGAGUCAGCAAUAGUGUCCAGUAUUGUGGUAGCUGAAAAGAAAUCGAAAAUAGGCAACGUUGAUACUGUUGUCGAAGCAGUAGCUAGUAUUUUAGGAGUCGACAAUCUAAAGGACAUUUCUUUACAGGCCACUUUGGCCGAAGUUGGUAUGGAUUCAAUGACAGCGGUUGAAAUUAAACAAACUUUAGAACGCGACCACGAAGUUUACUUAACAGCUCAGGACAUAAAAACUAUGACGUUUGGUAAAUUGAUUGAUAUUCAAGCUGAAAUGGAGGCUGAAAAGUUGAAUGGCGAGAAAAAGGAACGUGCUUUGACUGGAAUGGACAUGAUUAUGCGAUACAUACCCGACGAAGCUACAGCUAAUACGAUAUCUGUAGAAAUAUCAGUAGAUAAAACUACUAAAGACAAACCUACUGUAUUUCUAUUUCCUGGUAUUGAAGGACAAAUCAAAACUUUGGAACCACUUUUUAAACAGUUAACGGCGAAAAAUUUAAUAGGAUUACAAUAUCCCGUCGAUAAACAGCAUGACACAAUUGAGGAUAUAGCAAAAAUGUAUUUGGGAAUCAUCGAAGCAACUAUUACAAAAAAAUAUCCCUUCAAAAUUGUUUGUUACUCAUAUGGAGGAUCUGUGGCCUUAGAAACAGUCAACCUUCUAGAACAAAAAGGCUAUUCCGGUACCCUUAUCUGCAUUGAUGGAGCCCCUAAUUAUCUCAAAGCCUUAGCAAGUAUUUUAGAAGCUGACGUAGACGAGAAGUUGCAAAUAAGUCUUAUCGUUCAUAUGGUGACUUUGCAACAUCCUUACGAAGUGAUUUCCAAACAAAUUGAUUCUUUGCUGAAACGCGACACGUUUGAGGACAAAAUCGAAUUCGUUCAAACUGUAGUACCACCCAGUACGACAUUUUCGCCUAAAUACGAAAGAGACUUGGCCGUAAACGUUUACAAAAGGCUCAAAGCUUUAGUGAAAUGGACGCCCGAUUUCAAAUUGAAAUCACAAGUUUACCUUUUCAAACCUACCUUGGUUAGCAUAAACACUCCAGACGAAGUUUCUGGUUUAACAAGUUUGUGCGCACUUCCGAUUAUUGUCAAACAAUUUGACGGUAACCAUCUGAGCGUUUUAGAGAAUCCAGAACUUGCUCAAGCGGUCAACGAAGUAUUUGGUUUGGUUACAGGACAGGCUAGUUAGAAAAAAAAAUAAUGUUUUUGAGGUUUAUUUAAAAAUUAAAAGACUGAAAAAUUAGCAUUGUUUAAUUUAAUUUGUUUGUGGGGAAAAGCAUCUGCUGUAGGUGAUUGUAGAUUGUAGGUAGAUUGAGUUUGGAGUCGAUACCCAGCUUGUCCCAGCCGCUCAAGCACUAGGUAUACUACCUUUCCAAUGAUAUUUUGUGUAUUAAAGCGCCUUGCUUUGCUAGACGAUCUGCCUCCUCGUUGCCCUCUUUGCCCUGACACCCACAUCUGGGUUACUUUGUUCCUUUCAGCUAGGUGCUUAAGGACCUUUUUACCCUCUCAAAUUGCAUUUGAUGACUCCUAGAGCCUUUCCCAGACAGCACACAAAGUCUCAAAGACGUGUUUUUAGUGGACCACCCUGUACCUAAUUACAAUAGUUGAAGCAUAAUCCUGCAUUUGAUAGAUUAUAUUGUUACCAUUGACCUCUUUCGAAAAGAUUGAGUAUAAUAAUACAAAAUUUGAUUUGAAACCCUCAAAAAAAAGAGUAAAUCGUCAAAUUUGCCCAAACCAAGUAUACCGAUAUGUUCUGCUUUAAAAUCUUAUGAUCUAUGAUUGACACAAUCUGAGAUUGACACGGCCUGGUACGCUUAAGUGUACGACAAGCAUAUACAGGGUGAAAAUUUGAGAAGUAGCAAUCAGGAAUAUUUCUUAGACAAAAAAUACUAUUAGGAAGAUCUUAAAUAUGUAACCUGUUGGAUUAUUAAUACAACAAAAAUAAAUCCUAUUGCAUAUUGCUGAAUAGGUAGGUACUUCUUUAUUAAAUACGUACAAUCAAAAUAGAGUCCCCAGAGAGAUAAUAAAUAAAUAAAUAAAUUAUGCAGAUAAGUCUAAAUAGUCUACCUAGAAAAACCUUUUAAAAUUGUAUCCCUCUUUGCCUACCUCAAUAAAUAAGAUGUUAUAGAAUUUGGUAGAAAAGAUGGUUUGGUAGGGUUUACCUAUUAGUGGAAUAAAAUCACUGCUCUAACUCGCUGUUUUCUGAGGGUGGGUGAUUCCGAGGUAUAACCAGAUGAAACCUAUAUCAUCUUGUAGAGGACACUUUGGGGCAUAGGAAAUGGGAAUGUACAACUUUUUUUAAUAGGACUGAACUUUGAAAUCGGCCCUUGAACGUGACUGAGCUCGAAUUUGAAAAACUAUGUUUUUAUAAACAUUACCCGCGAACUUGUGACGUCACACCGGCUAACCGCCGAAAUCAUAUUCUUCUGUUUGUUCAGUGGUUGAAUCGUGCUCUAUACUUUAAGUGGUUGCAAUUUGCUUUAAGUGAGAUCGUUGACUUUUGUCUUGGAAAAUUUUACACAUAUUUCAACUGUGCCUCCGAAGCCAGUGUGACGUCACAGCCUAGACGCUUGUCAUUUUAAACCACCCUUAUACUCGAAAACGGUUCAUCAUAGCAAGAUGCGGUUCAAAUAUUUGUUCUUAGAUUUUUUCGCAAUAAAACUUCAUUUUUGGGUCACAAUCCCUUCAAUUCACUUAUAAUAGAUAGCAUGGUACUUAUUCAAGGACUAAAUGAUAAAGCAUUUUCAACUUAACUUUUAAUGAACUCGCAUGUAUUUUUCUGAAGCAAAUUCUUUCACUUGGUCGUAGGUAUGAAGCACUAAGGAUAAUGGUGGUUUUUAUCGGUCAAGUCUUUGGAAAGACGCAGAAGAAGUAUCUUCGCAGAUACGUAUGCGUAUGAAGUUUCUGGAAAGAGAAAAGUGAUGAAGUUUCGGAAUUUUUUAAAAUUGUCAGAAAAUGAAGAAUCCCUAUUGAAAUUUGUAACUGGUUAUAUUUUGGAACAUUUAGCUGACAAAUAGAAGAAACUCUGAUCAUCGCUGGUGGUUUUGAAAACCCAGAGUUAUGCUUUUCUGUCAACAAGGAUGGUGUAACCGUGUAACCGAAUUGAAAGAUUUGAAAUCGAAUCAUGAUGAGACUUAUAAUCCACGUCUUAUAUGAAUAUCAGAUACUUCACCAAAAAAAAGUGUUGGUGAAGAUGCAAAUGUUCUGGUAUUACUUAUUUACCACUAUUCUGAAUUUAUUGAAGUAAGUUCUUUGAAAGAAACCUACCUUUUUAUGGAAUUAAGACAAGGAAAUAAAAAACGGAUCAUUUCAAUAAAUAGUGCAGAAACUGGAAAAUGAAGUUUAUAAAUGUUUACCAGCGUUGCAUGUGUCAACAGGAUGCGAUACCACAAAUGCAAAGGCAAAAAAUGUAUUUUCUAAAAAUCUUGGAACCUUAUAUUGCUACCAAACUUGCAUUGGCCCUAUUCAGAAAAAAUAAGGACGAGGCCCUAAAAACCCUCGAUGAAUUGAGAUAUCAAUUGACCACAACUUCCAAUAAAUCCGCUUCUGAACUUCUACUUGCUUCUACCCACAGAUGAUGCAUUUUACCAGCAUGUACUGAGCUAGGUGUAUAUAAUAUAACGAAGGAGCUGUAUUUAUGCGAUAAACAAAAUUUCAGGUGCAUAUAUCAACUGCGUAUAUGGAUAUCCAGUCAUAUACCUAUUAUGCCUAUACUUGACCUUGUUAACUUUGGUUGGACUAGGAAUAAUGGAAUUUUUUAGCCUGUUUUGAUGACUGCUGAUCCCAUACCAAUGGGUAUAAGGCAACUAAUGAAUGUCUUCUGCGAAGAAAAAUUAUGUCAAAAUAAUAAAUGUGUCUGCUUGAAAGAGGGUUUCACAUGCUGCAGCGAUUGUUCCUGCAAAAGUUGUCAAAAUAAUGUUCCUGAUUUAUAUGAGGAUGAGGAAGGAGAAAAUAUUUAAACUAACUUCAUAAAAAAGGAUUCAAUCAAUUACUUUAUGUUUAUAGAUUUUUUUAUUUUAUUUCUAGAUGUAACGUUAACGCACUAACGCAGAUGAUUUCCAGAAUGGUAGCCGCUAGCCGCUAUCAGCAUCAGAGCGCAUUUCAAAGCUCCCGGAUAAAAAUUCAUAUUUCUAUAACCGUUAAAGUUAGCGACUUAAUUUUUUUUUUCAAAAACUUCGUCAAUGUUUUUACUACAUUUGAUUAGAUAUAUAUGUAUAGAAAUUUUCAAUAAUUCACAUAGCUCGCCGCAGGGUGAAGUUUUAGAUGCACGAUUUUGAUAAUUCUAUAUUCCUAACUUUUUAACAAAAAAACCUUAAACCUUUUCGAAAUUUCUGAACUGUCAUUAGAAGCGCUCAUGUUUCAAGUAUAAGUGUGCAAAAAAUCAGAAUUUUAGAUUGUAUGCUUAAAUUAAUACAGCGGGUAAUGUUUAGAAAAACGUAGUUUUUCAAAUUCGAGCUAAGUCACGUUUAAGGGCCGAUUUCAAAGUUCAGUCCUACUAAAAAAAGUUGUACAUUUCCAUUUCCUAUGCCCCAGAGUGUCCUCUACAAGAUGAUAUAGGUUUCAUUUGGUUAUACCUCGGAAUCACUCAAAGUCAUAAUUUCAUUGUGAUUUUACUCCACUAUAUCAUAUUUUGUUUGGUGUUAAUAUUAUUCUCCUUAUAAUUUUAGUUGGUGUAUGACGUUACUUUUCUGCGUGGAAUUAAAGAUUUUAAAACAU